AUGGGGCACUCUGGGUUGCCCCAGAAUAAAAGUGAGUWUGGCUCUGGUUUCAGCUGCCAAGCCCUGGCCCAGAAUGGAGACUGGGCCUUUCCAGUGGCCAUGGGGCUUCUCUGUCUCCUCAUGUUCUACAGCCUUAUUUCCAUGAAUAUAUCAGACCCAGGCAUCUUGCAUGGAGGCUCUGUUGAGCAGGACCUGGAGGCACCCUAUAUGGCACAGGUGAACAACUAAUCUUUCCCAAUGCCAUGGUGUGCCAAAUGUAAUUUCCACCACCUGCCCCAAACCUUCCACUGUGAGAGUUGCAAGAUCUGUGUGGAGGAAUUCGACCACCACUGCAGGUGGGUAAACAACUGCUUGGGGCACCACAACAUCAGGCUCUACAUGCUGCUCCUCCUCUCAUUGUGCCUCUACCUGGGUGCCAUGCUGGCUAGCUGUGGGGUAUUCUUGUUACAGAAGAGGCACAUGCCCUUCAUGGACAGAGCCAUCAGCAUCAUAGUGGCUGUAUCCGCCACCGGCCUCCUGCUGCCACUCAUCCUGCAGCUGCUCAUCAAGGCCAGAGCUGUGAGCACCGCAAGGCGCCCCUAUGAGACCCAGAGCUGUUCUGAUGUGGAAUCCUCUUUCCUUCUAGUGAAAAAUAGUGUUGAAUAUCAGAGUCUUCAUGUGUGGGCAAUGGGAGAGUUGGGGAUAGACAAAGGUGCUACUGGGACACUUGCCAUUCUUCCAGAAUAUUUGCUGGCUAAAGCUCUUGAAGCUGGAGUGAGACUCAACCUUGUCUGGGAGUAG